AUGCCAGGAGGGAGGAAUAACACCAUCAUCACCAAGUUCAUCCUUGUGGGAUUCUCAGAUUUUCCCAAGAUCAAGUUGGUUCUCUUUGUUGUCUUCCUGGGAAGUUAUCUCUCCACAGUAGUAUGGAACUUGGGUCUCGUCAUCUUGAUUAGGAUUGACCCUUACCUACACACACCUAUGUACUUCUUCCUCAGCAAUUUGUCGUUUUUAGAUUUCUGUUACAUUUCAUCUACAACCCCUAAAAUGCUCUCAGGAUUCUUCCAGAAGCUUAAAUCUAUCUCCUUUGUGGGGUGCACCAUGCAGUAUUUCUUCUUCUCAAGCCUGGGUCUGGCCGAAUGCUGCCUUCUGGCAGCCAUGGCUUAUGACCGGUAUGCUGCUAUUUGUAACCCUCUUCUCUACACAGCUAUUAUGUCCCCAUCGCUCUGUGUGCACAUGGUGGUUGGAGCCUACACCAUUGGUCUCUUUGGUUCAUUAAUUCAACUGUGUGCUAUACUUCAGCUUCAUUUCUGUGGGCCAAACAUUAUAAACCAUUUCUUUUGUGACCUGCCUCAGCUAUUAGUCCUCUCCUGCUCUGAAACCUUUCCCUUGCAAGUCCUGAAAUUUGUAAUAGCAGUGAUUUUUGGGGUGGCAUCUGUAUUGGUUAUUCUGGUAUCCUAUGGUUAUAUCAUCAGCACAAUCCUGAAUAUUAGUUCAGUAGAAGGUAGGUCCAAGGCAUUCAAUACCUGUGCCUCUCAUCUGACAGCAGUCACCCUCUUUUUUGGAUCAGGACUGUUUGUCUAUAUGCUCCCCAACUCUGACAGUUCUCAGGGUUAUGACAAGAUGGCUUCUGUGUUCUAUACAGUGGUGAUUCCCAUGUUGAAUCCUCUGAUUUACAGUCUCAGGAACAAGGAAAUCAAAGAUGCUCUUCAGAGAUGCAAAAAGAAGUGCUUUUCUCAUUGCCACUGCCAGUUAAAGAUCUGUUGA